AGUCGCUUUGGAAUCAUGAGGUUCCGCUACGUGUUUUCAGUUUUCUUAGUGAUAGUUGUCUACAUGACUGAAACAGUAUCUAGUCGAUCACCAAAUAGUGAUUCGUUGAGAAUGGUUCUCGCUCUGUUUCGUCAUGGAGCUCGCAGUCCAGUGCAGUCGUUUCCAACGGAUCCACAUGCAGACUAUCCAUGGAUUAAAGGAAAGGAAGAGUUGCAACCACUUGGGUUCGAGCAAAUGUAUCAGCUCGGUAUAAACAUGCGCCGUCGUUACAAGUUCUUCAUCCCAGGUGACACAGUCAUGAGGAAGCGUAGUAUUUAUACCGUUAGCAGUUGUCUGCAACGCUGCAUUGAUAGUGCACAAUCGUUUCUUACGGGCUUUUUGAAGACGUCAAAUAGUUCCACAAUCCGAAAGCAACCUGUGCCAAUACAUGUUAUCCCUCCGGAUCAAGACACCUACAUUCGACAGAAUAGAACCUGUGAAAAGGUAAAACUGAUCACAUCACAAGAAAAGGCAAACAAUAGAUCAUUCCUAGCUUCAUUAUAUCGCCAAGCUGCUGUCUUGCAGAAGGUCAUCUCCGCGGAAGUAGGUACACCCAUUACUUCGACUUAUGACACGGCGUUGAUUUGCGAUUCGUUGGAUGUAUACAACACCUUCGGCUUAGAAUUACCCAACUGGGCGCACAAAAUCUUCCCCGGCCCGGCGCGGGAAUUCCUGCAAGCAUUUCUGCUCAGUUAUUCAGCGACACCGGAACUGAAACACAUCCGUGGUGGAGCGAUUUUAACUGAAUAUCUAAAGCAUAUGAAAGCCAAACGCGAUGGUCGCAGAAAGUACAACCAACGACUAUUCUUCUAUUCCGGUCACGAUCUAACACAGGUCAAUCUGUUCAACAGUUUAGGCAUGGAGGAGCAGGCAAUGCAGCGACCGGAGCUUGGAUCGGCGAUUGUUUUUGAGUUGCACAAAAAUCAGAUCCUAUGGAACGAUUGGGAGCUUCGUAUGAUUCACUACAGGAACUCUUCAACGUUGGAUCCCACAGAAUUGACAAUACCGAACUGUCCUAAGCCAUGCUCUUUGACCGAAUUUGAACAGAUAGUUAAGCCGCUGUUACUCGAUGACUACGAUGAGGUGUGCUCGAAUUGGUAGUAAAUAGCAUUUGAAUCACUUGUCGUAAGACGAGUUUGUACAAUCCCAUUUAAUUCCAUUUAAUUUCCAUUUAACUCCAUAAUUGGGAUUGUACAACCUCGUCUUACGACAAGUGAAGACAUUCCA